GGCGGGGCCUUGCGUCAGACGUACGAGGGGUGGCGGGAGGAGCUCAAAGUGUGCCUGGCCCAUACGGAGGCGGUCAUCGACUUCGGCGACGACGAGUUAGACGUGGACGAG